ACAAAACCGUAAACCAUGACGACAUUAAAUUGUUGUUAGAUAACAAACGUAUUCGUGGUACUAGGAACAGAUAAUAUUUAAAUAUUAUAAUUUAAUUAUAUACAAAAACUAAAAUAAAAAAUUCUCCAAGAUGUUGAUGACAUUUCAAGUGCUAAAAGAUCAGGCGAAGCACCUGAACAAAAGUAUUUCAAUCGAUAAUGCAGUAUGCAAAUUGCAUUAUCGUGUAACUUUUAUGCUUUUGAUGGCUUGCACGGUUCUGGUCACAUCAAGACAAUACAUAGGAGAACAUAUUAAAUGUAUAUUAGGACAAGGACCAGCGGUACCUCAACAUGUUCUUGAGACUUUCUGCUUUUUCACCAGCACAUACACAGCGGUCAAACACUUGAAUCAAAGUAUGAUAAAUUCUGGCCACAUACCUCAUCCUGGUAUUGGUCCAUCCCGCGAAGAUGAGGAAAUUAUUCGACAUGCGUAUUACCAGUGGGUGCCUUUCGUGCUGUUUCUGCAAGCCCUGAUGUUCUAUUUACCUCAUUACGUCUGGAAACAAGCAGAAGGAGGAAGAAUGAAAGCUUUUGUAAAUGCUUUACAAGUUGUCGCCUUAUCUGAAUAUGCCGAGACGAUCAAGAAAAUUUUUUUAGCACGAGUUCAUCUGAUGAGACCUUGGAGUGUUUGGCUAGUAUGUUGCGAACUUGCAAAUGCAGUUAAUGUGGUUCUGCAAUUUUUGGUAACUGAUGUUUUCCUUAGCGGAACUUUUAGAAAUUUGGGAUCAAGAGUGGCAUCUCAAUCGAUGGAUGAAAUGGACUAUCUGGAUAUUGCUUUUCCGAAGGUCACAAAGUGCGACUUCUACAAAUUUGGUCCAUCCGGUAGCAUACAACGGCACGAUGCUCUCUGUGUGAUGGCUCUUAACAUCAUUAAUGAAAAAAUAUUCACAUUCUUAUGGUACUGGUAA